GAGCAGCGGACCAAUAGCGUGAGAACAGGGAAAGUUUGGGCCGCUGUGUUGUCGCCGCGCUGCCAGUGUUCGCUUGUCUGACCGAACUGACUGACUUCAGCUGCUUCGUGCGGUACCUGCUGGGCUGAGCGGCACCAGGACUCGGGUCCAUGUUCUCCAGUCCUCUGUAAUAGUUAUUCCUGCUGAAGUGGACGCAGAUGGCCACAUAGCAGCCGAGGGUCGAGCCUUCCAAGAUGGACGUGUCUCUGCUUCUGCUGGCUCUGACUUUCCAUCAGCUGCCUCGCGUCACGUCUCCCCUGAACCUGGACGAUCCCAACGUAUGCAGCCACUGGGAGAGUUACUCUGUGACUGUGCAGGAGUCGUACGCUCAUCCCUACGACCAGGUCUAUUACACCAGCUGCGCCGACAUCCUCAACUGGUUCAAGUGCACUAGACACAGGGUGAGCUACCGCACAGCCUACCGCCGAGGAGAGAAGACCAUGUACCGACGCAAGUCCCAGUGCUGCCCCGGCUUCUAUGAGAACGGAGACACGUGCGCUCCUUUCUGCGCCCAGAGCUGCGUCCACGGUCACUGUAAGGCCCCCAACACCUGUCAGUGUGAGCCGGGCUGGGGAGGCUCCAACUGCUUCAGCGCUUGUGACAGCAGCCACUGGGGACCCCACUGCAGUAACAGAUGUCAGUGCCAGAACGGGGCCCUGUGCAACCCCAUCACCGGAGCCUGCAUCUGCCCUCCUGGGUACGAAGGCUGGCGCUGCGAGAGCCACUGUAAGGGGGACUCCUAUGGGAAUGGAUGCCAACAGAAAUGCCAGUGUCAGAACGGUGCCGCCUGUCACCACGUGACCGGAGAGUGCGAGUGCUCACCAGGGUUCACAGGAGCUUUCUGUGAAGAGCUCUGUCCACCCGGUCAACAUGGCCACGAAUGUGAGGAGAGAUGUCCGUGUCAGAACGGAGGCCUGUGUCACCAUGUGACCGGGGAGUGCUUCUGCCCGGCAGGAUGGAUGGGUGCGGUGUGCGGCCAGCCGUGUCCAAUCGGAACCUUCGGACAGAACUGUUCACAGGACUGUCAGUGUCACCACAACAGCCUGUGUGUGUCGGCCACUGGACAGUGUGUGUGCGGAUCUGGAUACACGGGAGAACGGUGCCAGGAGGAGUGUCCGGUCGGUACGUUUGGUCCCGGCUGCUCAAAGACGUGUCGCUGUAAGAACCACAGCACGUGCGACCGCACCAGCGGGACGUGUGUGUGUGAGGCGGGGUACGCUGGCGACGCCUGCGACGUUCCCCUGUGUCCUGAAGGACGCUACGGCCCCGGCUGUGACCGGACGUGUGCCUGUUCUGCCCAGAACACGCUCAGUUGCCACCCGAUGUCAGGGGAGUGCAGCUGUGGCCCUGGCUGGUCAGGCCCCUACUGCAACGAGACGUGCCCCCCAGGGUUCUACGGCGGGUCCUGUCUGCAGGUUUGCAGGUGUCAGAACGGUGCCGAUUGCCACCGUGUGACCGGCGACUGUGUCUGCGCUCCAGGCUUCACGGGCCCCAACUGCUCGGUGGCUUGUCCAGUAGGAACGUAUGGAGUAAACUGCUCCUCCAGCUGCAGCUGUAAGAACGGUGCCCGCUGCUCCCCAGUGGACGGAUCCUGCUCCUGUGAAGCAGGGUGGCAUGGCGUGGACUGCUCCAUCGGCUGCCCCCCUGGAUCCUGGGGUCCGGCCUGCGACCUCAGCUGUGCGUGCGAGAGCGGACGAGCGUGUGACGCCCGGGACGGUCAGUGCGCCUGCGCUCCAGGCUGGAGAGGAGAGAGGUGUGAGCUCCGCUGCCAGGAUGGGACCUACGGGGUGAACUGUGAAGAGCGCUGUGACUGCAGCCAUGCGGACGGGUGCCACCACGCCACGGGUCACUGCCGCUGUCUGGCCGGCUGGACCGGGCUCCGCUGUGACAGUGUGUGUGCUCGGGGCCGCUGGGGCCCCAACUGCUCCCUCCCCUGCAACUGUGACAACGGGGCGUCCUGCUCCCCGGACGAUGGGACGUGCGAGUGCGCUCCAGGCUUCAGAGGCUCCACGUGUCAGAGGAUCUGCUCCUCAGGUUCCUUCGGCCCCCGCUGCAGUCAGACCUGUCCACAGUGUGUCCACAGCAACGGGCCGUGUCACCACAUCACGGGGCGAUGUGACUGCCUGCCGGGCUUCAGGGGGCGCCUGUGCAACGACGUGUGUCCCACCGGACGCUUCGGGAAGAACUGUGCCUGGACCUGCAGCUGCACCAACAACGGCACCUGCAACCCCAUCGACGGCUCCUGUCAGUGUUACCCAGGCUGGAUCGGAAGCGACUGCUCCCAGCCGUGUCCUCCGGGACAGUGGGGACCCGACUGCAUCCACACCUGUAACUGUCACAACGGAGCCCACUGCAGCGCCUACGACGGAGGAUGCAGGUGCACCAGAGGGUGGAGCGGCCUCUACUGCACACAGCGUUGUCCUCUGGGUUUGUUUGGGAGGGACUGUCUCCAGAGCUGCCAGUGCAGGAAUGGAGCCGACUGCGACCAUGUCUCUGGACAGUGUAACUGUCGCACCGGCUUCAUGGGACGUCACUGUGAACAAAAGUGUCCCCCUGGUUCCUACGGCUACGGCUGCCGUCAGGUCUGUGACUGCCUCAACAACUCCACCUGCGAUCACAUUACUGGCACGUGCUACUGCAGCCCAGGCUGGAGAGGAGCGCGCUGCGACCAAGCCGGCGUCCUGGUCGUGGGCAGCCUCAACAGUUUCACCAGCACCGCCAUCCAGGUAGACACCUACCACAUGGGAGUGAUAGCGGGCAUCGUCGUCCUGGUUCUGCUGGUGCUCUUCCUCAUCAGCCUCUUCCUCGUCUACAAAAGGAAGCAGAAGGGCAAAGAGCCGACCAUGCCCAGUGUGACCUACACGCCCGCCGCCAGGCUGGAGCCCCCCGCUGCAGGCCCGUCGCCCCGCGAGACGCUCCCCAGCAGCUACUUCUCCAACCCCAGCUACCACACUCUGACCCAGUGCGUGAGUCCUCCUCACAUGAACACGGGUCAUUACGAGAAGCAGAAGAACGUGUCGCCGCUGGUCGACCGCACCGGCACGCUGCCUGCAGACUGGAAGCACGGGAGCUGCUCCAGCAGCCUGGGAGCCUUCGGACUCGACAGGAGGCACAUGGGGACGUCUCUGCGCGAUGUGGUCAAGGGCUCAUCCUACCACGCCAGCUCCUGUUCCCUCAGCAGCUCCGAGAACCCCUACGCCACCAUCAAGGACCCCCCGCUGUUGACGGCCAGGAACACAGAGUGUGGCUACAUGGAGAUGAAGUCACCGGCCAGACAGGACUCGCUGUACGCCGAGAUCAGCGGCAGCAGCGGCAUCAGGAGGACGAGCGUCUGUGGAGCUGAGCCAAGUGUGAGCCCAGUCCAGUUCCCUGGACCCGGUGCUCAGGAUCCCUACGACCUUCCGAAGAGCAUCUCCUGUCACUACGAUGUCCUCCCCGCGAGGGAGAGUCCAGAUCCAGAGCUUCAGAGCGGCGAAUAAUGGACUCACCAGCACCGGAUGCUCCACGGACCGGCCGCCCUGACGGGGCUUCGUCACUCUAUUAGACGCCACCCGGAUGUUUACAGCGUUCGGAUCAAACGGUCUGUCAACAUUUUACACAUCAGGAUGUUUUGUAUGAAAAGCAACGCGAGAACUAGACGCUGUGAGACUUUGGUACAAGGCUGAACUGAAACAAAGGUACGACCGGUUCCUGUGUGGCCCAGAGCUGAUGGUUUACGUAAUCAUUUUGCCCCUUUUGUAAAAUCAGAACAAACCCAGUCUGGUCCUGGAACGGGCCAUUCAGAACCUGCUGAGACGACCUAAUGUGCCUCGUGCUGCUUCAUGUUCAUAUUAGUGUUUUUAGCCACACUGAAUGGACACGGAUUUUCUGAAGACCCUUAAUUUAUACAGUAAUGCUGGAAGCUCAUGUUGGAAUUAAUGGUGGCAGCAGCACAACUGUUGGUGAGACCCAGAGUGUGGAGAAGCACUUAGAGCUUUCAGAAUGCAGCUACAGGUUUCUCAGUAGUUGGCUCACAGCUUAUUUAUUUAUUCACUGCUACAGAAGUGGAUUUACAACAAGAACAAACCAAUUCCAUCAAGAGCAAACUCCGUCCCAACGAACACAAUGAAUCUCUGAAAGUCCAGCACCGGCAGCAACACGCGCGUCAGCCCGUCCAAGGACGAAGCCGACGGUUCAGAGCUCGCUGCAGAACUGAUCCAGGUCCAGCUGAGUCCGCGGUCCCUGUCCUGCUGUCUUUGAGUGAGUUCAGAGGAGGUGGGUUUGAUUGACAGCUGACAGCUUCAGGCCAGACUCUGACUAUAGUCAGUGAUCUGGUUAUGGAUCUGUGGUUCAGGUUUCACAUGUGCCUUUAUUAUAUUAUAUUAACUCAGUAACUUUGCUCUCGUUUCAUCCUGAGGAUGUUUGUUUGAUGUAGUGGCUGGUUUAACUCUUUUAUAAAUAGGAGCUUUUGCCCUUCUUUUCUGACAGUUUGCUCUGCUUCAUAUUCAUGUUUCUGCUGUUUUGUUACAUUUUAAAGGCUUCAUCAUAUCUAAUACUUAAAACUUAAGCAGGACUUUAGUUUUUUGAAAAAUGAAUUACCUACAAUAGUGAAAAGAAAACGUUGCAUUUGAAUGACUAUGUUUUUUUAAUUAGCAAAAUCUCUUUCUGAGCUUAUUUUUUUAAACUAUGUACAUAGUUUUAUCAGUUACGAUGUAAAAUGUCUGUAUCACCAGAAGCAGAACAGGAGCAAAUGUCCCUUUGGUGGAAAAGUAAAGAAUCUGCUAUAAUGAUAAUUCUAUACAUACUGUACAUUGUCAGUGCCACGAUUACCAAACCACUUUUUUAUCUAUUAUGCUGUUUUCAUUAUAAAUAUUUGUUCAAAUAUUUUGGAAUAAAAUAUGAAUAAAUUGAG